CUCGCGAGACGCCCUCCCGCCGCUUGCCUGAGGAGCGCUCGCGAGAGCUCGCCGUUCCGCGCGCGCCCUGAAGUUCUCGCGAGAGCGGCGCGCUCCGUGCCGACGGGGUGGACAAGAUGGCGGCCACGACCACCAUCUCCCUGGGUACAGAGUCCAUUAAGAUGGAAAAUGGACAAAGCACAGCAGCUAAGCUGGGGCUUCCUCCCCUCACACCAGAACAGCAGGAAGCUCUCCAGAAAGCAAAGAAGUAUGCGAUGGAGCAGAGUAUCAAGAGUGUGCUGGUGAAGCAAACCAUCGCCCACCAGCAACAGCAACUCACCAACCUGCAGAUGGCAGCAGUGACAAUGGGCUUUGGAGAUCCUCUCUCACCUUUACAAUCGAUGGCAGCUCAGAGGCAGCGCGCCUUGGCCAUCAUGUGUCGCGUUUAUGUGGGCUCCAUAUACUAUGAACUUGGAGAAGAUACCAUUCGCCAGGCCUUUGCCCCAUUUGGACCUAUAAAAAGCAUUGAUAUGUCCUGGGACUCGGUUACGAUGAAGCAUAAGGGUUUUGCUUUUGUGGAAUAUGAGGUGCCUGAAGCUGCUCAGCUGGCCUUGGAGCAGAUGAAUUCUGUCAUGUUGGGAGGAAGAAAUAUAAAGGUGGGGAGACCUAGUAAUAUAGGUCAGGCACAACCAAUUAUAGACCAGCUAGCAGAAGAGGCACGGGCUUUCAACCGCAUCUAUGUGGCCUCUGUUCAUCAGGACCUUUCAGAUGAUGACAUCAAGAGUGUGUUUGAGGCUUUUGGAAAGAUCAAAUCCUGCACGCUAGCCAGAGAUCCCACGACAGGAAAACACAAAGGCUAUGGUUUCAUUGAAUAUGAGAAAGCACAGUCUUCUCAAGAUGCAGUUUCCUCUAUGAACCUCUUUGACCUUGGGGGUCAAUAUCUCCGAGUUGGUAAAGCUGUGACUCCUCCAAUGCCGCUCCUGACACCUGCUACGCCAGGGGGAUUACCUCCAGCAGCAGCUGUUGCUGCAGCAGCUGCGACAGCAAAGAUUACAGCACAGGAAGCAGUGGCAGGAGCUGCAGUUCUUGGCACUUUGGCUACUCCUGGGCUAGUAUCUCCAGCACUGACUCUUGCCCAGCCAUUAGGGGCAUUGCCACAGGCUGUAAUGGCAGCGCAGGCACCAGGAGUAAUUACAGGUGUAACCCCUGCCCGACCUCCAAUUCCUGUCACUAUCCCCCAAGUGGGAGUUGUGAAUCCUAUCCUGGCCAGUCCCCCAGCGUUGGGCCUGAUGGAGGUCAAAAAGGAAAAGGAAGAGGAGGAGGUAUUCCAGGAGUCAGAGAGGCCAGAGAUGCUAAGUGAACAGGAACACAUGAGCAUAUCUGGCAGCAGUGCCCGUCAUAUGGUGAUGCAGAAAUUGCUUCGUAAACAGGAGUCCACUGUGAUGGUGCUUCGCAACAUGGUGGAUCCAAAGGACAUUGAUGAUGACCUAGAGGGAGAAGUGACAGAAGAGUGUGGCAAAUUCGGGGCUGUAAACAGGGUCAUCAUCUACCAGGAGAAGCAGGGAGAAGAGGAGGAUGCUGAGAUCAUUGUCAAGAUAUUUGUGGAGUUCUCCAUGGCCUCAGAGACUCACAAAGCCAUUCAGGCUUUGAAUGGGCGCUGGUUUGCAGGAAGAAAGGUGGUGGCAGAGGUGUAUGACCAGGAGAGAUUUGAUAACAGUGACCUGUCAGCAUGAACUCUACUUGGAGGACUUCACCCCUACCCCUUCUGCCUGUCUGUUUUUUUAGCCAUGUGUAAAGAAUGCUCCAGGGUGGGCGCAGAUCUCUGUGAUGUACUUGUAGUUUGGAUAAAAGCGCAAAGAAA